AUGUACGGCGAGUUAGGCAACAAACUAGUCCAACACGCCAAACGCACCCAAACCCUCAACUACCUACCCCCUUACCAAACCGAAAUCGUACGCUCAGUCGCGCGCGAAGUACGCGAUCUCGACAGGGAUGUCGCGCACCAUCUCGCGCCCUUUGAAGGCAGCGCCGGCGGAUUCAAUCCUUCGUCGCAGCCGGCUAUCGCAUGUGCCCUGCUCGUGGAUCAUCUGUGCAUGCGCCGGAAUAAGAGGUGUCUGUUAGCGUAUCAUCGUACGCGCGCGGAGAAGUUGGAGGAUAUGUGUUGGCGUGGAGUUGAUAUUUUGGAGCAUCAAUACCAACAACAACAACAGCAGCAGCAGCAGAAUGCUGGGGAAGGGGAAGAAAGUGGUGGUGGUGGUGUUGGACAGAGCAGCUCGCUCAGCCCCGAGGAAGAAGAGUAUUUUCGUCAGUAUAGCGACAUGCUCGCUGCGCACAAGGGCCAGUGGACAGAUAUCGACCUGACGGGCAGCCUGGAGCCGCCCAAAGAUCUGUUCAUUGACGUGCGCGUGCUCAGGGACGCGGGCGAGAUUCAGACUGAAUAUGGGUGUGUUUCUUUUCUCUCUCUUCUUUUCUUCUCUUUGCUAUGGCAAGACAGCAGCAGCUACAACUACAACGACGCUGCUGCUUCGUCGUCUGCACUGGCCAUCCAGGAUAGCACCGCUUCGGCUAAUUCCAUCUCAAAGGCAGAGUCUUCUCUCCUGUCGAGCAGCAAUGUCAAGACCCCGUCGCGCUCCUUCUAUCACCGCUCCUUUCACGGCUCGCUAGAUCCCGCGCAGUAUUCCUCUCACGGCGUCCGCGAGCAAUCCGCCGAGCUUGCGUCUCUGGCCAUUUCCGAUGCAGACACGAGCACCUCGCUCGACGAUAUCCCGCAGAGCCUGGAUCUUUUUCGACGGAAUCGGCAUAAUAGCAACAACACUGACCACAACUAUGACGCUCUUCUGCAACCAGGUACAAUCGAGGAAGGCGGCUCUUCUGAUUCCGGGUCGCCUACGCCCACGCAGCUCUCGAGCUCGGCGCUCACGGCUAUGAUAUGCGACCCGGCUAGAAGUAGUUUUGGGAACAACAAUGCCGUGCCCUUGGACACGGAGAUAUCGGAAGAAGUGGCAGUCGAGGGGGAUGAUGAGCGGACAUCGCUGCUCCGCAGGCGCACGCAUUCGAAAGAUUUGAGCUAUGGGACCGCGGCUACCGACCUGGAGGGCCAGUCUGUGUUGUAUGUCCAGAGAAGGUCCCCCGUCCAGGAUGCCUAUUCCAGGGUGGGAACUUUAUUCUCUGUCGCUAUACACCCAAAGUCCUGGGACCGACGGGCUAUAUGGAAAGAAGGCGUUGUACGUCCUGUCAGUCUGCUGCCUGCCGUGUUUUUGGGUCUGCUUCUCAACAUCUUGGAUGCGCUGUCCUACGGAAUGAUCUUGUUUCCGCUGGGCGAGGCCGUCUUUUCCGAUCUGGGGUCGGACGGUAUAUCCAUGUUCUACGUCAGCACGAUCAUAUCCCAACUAGUCUUUUCGUCUGGCGCGUCCAUCUUCAAGGGCGGCAUCGGCAGCGAGAUGAUCGAGGUCGUGCCCUUUUUCCACAAGAUGGCCUUUAUGAUUCUCAAUCGGGUCGGUGAAGAUAAUCCCAAAUCCGUGCUUGCCACUACUAUUCUUUCAUUCUCAAUCAGCUCUGUUCUCACCGGGCUUGUGUUUUUCCUGAUGGGCGUCUGCAAGCUGGGCUCGCUUAUCGGCUUCUUCCCGCGACACAUUCUCAUCGGAUGCAUUGGGGGUGUUGGCUGGUUUUUGAUUGCUACGGGAGUCGAGGUUUCUGCUCGGUUGCCUGGAAGUUUAGAGUACAAUGUCCCCAUGCUACAGAAGCUUUUCAGCCUUGAUACUGUGUUUUUGUGGAUGAUACCAUUGUGUCUUGCUAUUUUCCUGCUCGUGUUGAAACGGGUUAUCAAGUCUAACUUUUUGGUCGGAGGCUACUUUAUCCUUGUCGGCGCCCUUUUUUACGUGAUCAAAUUUAUUGCACGCAUACCAAUGGAAAGCCUGCGAGGAAACGGAUGGGUGUUUCAAGCGCCAGCUGCCUCUAACCCGUGGUGGCAUUUUUACUCCCUUUACGACAUUUCUGCUGUCAAUUGGAGCGCUCUGGCCGACACGGUCCCGGCCAUGUUCGCACUGACCUUUUUCGGAGUGCUGCACGUUCCUAUCAACGUGCCAGCCCUGGGAAUUUCGACCGGCGAGGAUAAUCUGAAUGUCGACCGAGAACUGAUUGCUCAUGGAGUUACAAACGCGCUGUCUGGGUCUGUAGGCAGUAUACAGAAUUACCUCGUCUAUACAAACAGUUUGAUGUUCAUUGGCAGUGGCGGCGACUCGAGGCUGGCUGGUAUCAUGCUGGCAGCAGCAACAGCUGGCAUCAUGUUGGUCGGCCCUGUGAUUAUCGGCUACAUCCCGAUUUUGGUUGUUGGCGCUCUGAUCUUUCUUCUUGGUAUUGAGUUGAUGGAGGAAGCGUUGGUGGACACAUGGGGCAAGCUGCACCGGCUAGAGUAUCUAACGGUGGUUAUCAUCGUCGUGACUAUGGGAGCAUGGGAUUUUGUGAUUGGCAUUCUCGUCGGGAUUAUCCUGGCCUGUGUCAACUUUGUCGUCCAGACAUCGCGCAAAUCGGCCAUUCGAGCCACAUACUCGGGAGAAUUCACAGCAUCGACGGUCAGACGACCGCCUAUCCAACAACGCUUCCUCAAAGACGCCGGAAAACAAACCCUGAUCAUUAAGCUUUCUGGGUUCUUGUUCUUUGGAACGAUUGUCAAAGUCGAAGCAACGGUGCGUGGACUCAUUGACGAAGAAGCAUUCAAUCGACGGCCCAUCCGCUUCCUCGUGCUCGACUUUUCUCGCGUCAACGGAUUGGAUUUUUCCGCGGCUGAGGCUCUGACGCGCAUCAAUCGGAUUCUGGGUAAACGAAACGUCCAAACGCUGAUUUCCGGGCUGGAUGUCGAGGGAGAAGUGGGCAAGAGCCUGCACAACGUUGGUCUGUUUGCCGACGAGAGCCUGGUUCAGAUCUUUGAGGAUCUCAACUCUGCACUAGAGUUUUGCGAGAACGAAUACCUCACGAUAUUUUAUAAUCGCAAGGAAGCGCUGACCAAGAGGCUGGAAGAGCAGCAGCAGCAGCAACAGCAGGCACAGUAUUUGGACGUGCCGCGCGACGACAACAGCAGCAGCAGCAAACAGCCGGCUUUUACAGAUCUAUACGGCCACUCGCCACGACGCACAUAUCUGCAACAAGCCGCCCUGCAAACCCUCAGCCAAGACGAACACGCGGUGCGCGCACCCCAAAAAUGGAUGACAUAUCGCCAACCACUCCCAUUACUGCUGCAGGCCUUUCACGACCUAACCCACAAAACCGAAGACUUUUGGUUCCCGGCAUGCGCCUAUUUCCGACGUGAGGCAUAUGCUCGCAACACAGUACUCUACCGCGAAGGUGACGCGCCACAGACUUUCUACUUGCUUGAAUCGGGCAUGCUACGCGCCGAAUACACGCUGCCCCAAGGAAGAUACUCGGAGCUUAUCGUCGCGGGGAGACCGUGCGGCGAGCUACCGUUUUUUGGCGAUACGCCGCGCACAGCAACGGUGCGUGUUGAUCAGGACUGUGUGGCGUGGUGUCUGGAUGUGGCGCGGUGGGAGGAGCUCAGGGCGGCAGAGCCGGGGCUUGCGCAGGAGCUGUUGAUGGUUAGUUUGAAGCUGACGGCGGAGCGGAUGGAUAGUAUUACAUCACACGUUCUCGCCAUUGCAGGCAAUGUAACCCCAACCCCCAUCGCCAAGACCUUUGGGCUUGAUCACGUUUGUGCGUUGUGCAGCAUUGCUGGUCCUGCCAAGACGUCUGAUUCGGACUUUGUCCUAUCAUGUCCCUUUUUUUUUUCUGUCUCGUUCAAGCGUCUCAAAGUAGCAGCAGUAAAAAUGAAAUCCGCAGUCCUCGUACUCAUCUCCUCUGCCGCCCUCGCGCUGGCCGCGCCUGCGCCUGCACCGAGCCCAAAAAAUACUGACUUUGAAAUAUGGCAGACUGGAAUCCCCUCCAGCACCAGCGCAAAAUCACUCCUGGCCAAACUCAGCGUCGGCUCGGGCGACGAGAUUGACGGGUACGAGCGCGACAAGUUCAAGACGUGGAUUCAGCAGGGGGAUAACUGCGACACUAGAGAGUACGUGCUCAAGCGCGACGGCACGGACGUCAAAGUCGACACUGCGUGCGAGUCGACGUCAGGCACAUGGACAAGUCCAUACGAUGAAAAGGAGUGGACGAGCGCAUCGGAUUUGCAGAUUGAUCACAUGGUGCCGUUGAAGAAUGCAUGGAAUUCCGGAGCCGCAAACUGGACAGCCAGCCAGCGCGAAGACUACGCCAACGACAUCACGCGUCCGCAGCUGUGGGCUGUCACGAGCAGCGUCAACGAGAGCAAAGGUGACCGCUCGCCAGACGAGUGGAAGCCGCCCAGUGACGACUUCUUUUGCACGUAUGCCGAGGCCUGGGUUGAGGUCAAGAGCCACUAUGGACUGACCAUUACCGAUGCCGAGAAGAGCGCGCUCGGCGAUAUGCUUGAUAGUUGCUAG